CCGAAUAAAUUUUCGAAUUCAACCCAAAUUUCUCAUCUGCAUGUCCAUCUCUUUUACCGGCCAAUUCGUGUUGUAGAUAAGGAGUAAACUACAGGUUGGGUUGGAGUAGAGCGAAAUCAUGGCUGUUGAGGAUUUUGCUAAAACAACUGGGGGUUCUACUAGCAAAUCUUAUGAUUCUGCAGAAAUUCAACCUUUAGGAACCAAAGUUCAGAAAUAUGGGUCAGCUAAGAGACCUCCAUGCGAGGUCACGUCUACUGCUCAGGCUUCAGUUAAAAAGCCUAGGAUUUAUGAUGCAUCUGCACCAGUUAAUAGUAAGCAUGCUUCUGUUAAAACUGAAACAAAGGCAGAACAUGACGAUGGCGACGAUGUUCCUAAAUCCCAGAGGAUAAAGAAGUCUGCAACUUCCGCUAAUAAAUUGUCAUCUCCAAUGAAAGCAACUAAAGUUGUUUCAUCGUCACUGAAGGAAACGAAAAGUAAGUUGAAGAAAAAAUCCAAGUUCUCUAAGUCAUCGAAAGUACCUCCAAGCUCAGGUGAAGGACUAAAAUGGACUACUUUGGUACACAAUGGAGUGAUAUUUCCUCCUCCAUACAAACCUCAUGGUGUUAAGAUGCUCUACAAGGGAAAGCCUGUUGAUCUCACCCCAGAACAAGAGGAGGUUGCAACAAUGUAUGCAGUGAUGUUAGACACUGAUUACAUGAAUAAACCACAAUUCAAAGAGAAUUUCAUGAAUGACUGGAGGAAAAUACUUGGAAAAAAACAUGUCAUUCAAAAGUUAGAAGAUUGUGAUUUCACCCCAAUAUACGAGUGGCACCAGAGGGAAAAGGAGAAGAAAAAGCAAAUGAGUGCAGAAGAGAAAAAGGCCUUGAAAGAAGAGAAACUCAAGCAAGAAGAGAAGUACAUGUGGGCUAUCGUUGAUGGUGUAAAAGAGAAGGUUGGGAACUUUAGGGCUGAACCACCUGGAUUGUUCCGUGGCCGUGGAGAACAUCCGAAGAUGGGAAAGCUAAAAAGACGGAUCCGACCAAGUAACAUUACAAUAAACAUUGGAAAGGAUGCUCCAAUACCAGAAUGUCCUGUCCCUGGUGAAAGCUGGAAGGAAGUAAAGCAUGACAACACUGUAACAUGGUUAGCAUUCUGGAAUGAUCCUAUUAAUCCAAAAGAAUUCAAGUACGUUUUCCUGGCAGCCAGUAGUUCCUUGAAAGGGCAAAGUGACAAGGAGAAGUAUGAGAAAGCAAGGCGUUUAAAGGAUUACAUAGAGGGUAUCAGGUCUGUAUAUACGAAGGAUUUUACCAGUAAAGAUCCUGUAAAGCGUCAAAUUGCGGUUGCAACCUAUCUUAUUGAUAAAUUAGCUCUGAGGGCAGGGAAUGAGAAGGAUGAUGAUGAAGCUGAUACAGUUGGUUGCUGCACAUUGAAGGUUGAGAAUGUAGAACCAGUACCUCCAAAUGUUUUGAAGUUCGAUUUUCUUGGUAAAGAUUCUAUCAGGUACCAAAAUGAGGUCGCUGUGUAUGAGCCUGUUUUCAAAGCUAUUCAACAGUUCCGAAGUGGGAAAAAGGGAGGUGACGACCUUUUUGACCAGCUUGACACAAGUAAGCUUAAUGCUCAUCUAAAGGAACUCAUGCCUGGCCUCACAGCAAAAGUAUUUCGUACAUAUAAUGCAUCUUUUACAUUGGAACAGCAGUUGAAUAAGCUGACUCAAGGUGGAGAGUUUGCUGAGAGAUAUGCAGUAUAUCAAUUGGCAAAUAAAGAGGUUGCAAUAAUCUGCAAUCAUCAACGUAGUGUUUCAAAGUCACAUAGUCUACAAGUUUCAAAGUUGAAUGAGAAGAUAGAAGAAUUAAAGGUUGUUUUGGAAGAACUCAAAGUAGAUUUGGCUCGGGCUAAAAAUAGAAAACCUCCAGUUAAAAGUUCUGACGGGAAGACAAAGAGGAAUUUGACCCCUGAAGUAUUACAAAAAAAGAUAGAUCAAACUAAUGUGAAGAUUGAUAAGAUUGAGAAGCAAAUAGAGACAAAAGAAGAAUUGAAAACUGUGGCUUUAGGCACAUCAAAGAUCAACUAUCUGGAUCCUAGGAUCACAGUUGCCUGGUGUAAGCGUCAUGAGGUUCCCAUUGAAAAGAUUUUCAAUAAGUCUCUUCUAGCAAAGUUUGCCUGGGCAAUGCAUGUUGAGCCAAGCUUCACAUUUUAAAGUUUCAGCAGUUGUGGUUGUUGCUCCCAACGCACACGCAAGUAUACGUGGUUGCCAAGUAAUAUAGUUACUUGUAAAAGUCGGAAAUUGUAUCCACAAAGACUUAUGAUCAACGAUUUAAUGAGAAUUCACUAUUACCACUAAUUAUGCAAGUACAAAAGUGGAAUGUUUGAUUAUUUGUAAACUAAUGCGAAAAGUAAAUAACUAAUUAAUUAUGCUAACAGUUUGUCA